CGGUAGCUUUCGCUCGGCUUCGGUUCUUCCAGCUUUUUUCGUGGCGGCACUGCGAGAAGGGAUGCGUGCUUUCGACGAACGUAGCUACGAAAAGCUGCGUUCCUUGUAACGACGCGCAGCUCGCAAAGCAUUCUCGUCGCUUCGUUAUUGUCGUUUUCGCAAGCAAUGGCAUCCGUUAAGCCAGUAGCAGUGUACACGAUAACUAAUGGAUUUGGUAAAGUCGACGUGAAGGCGGCGAACUCUCGUCCUUUUCCUCGAUACGGUGUGCCAAGUGAAACAGGCUUGGAUGGUCCCGAACAGAUUCUCUCGUCGGACGUUGACGCUACCUGGGAGCCGGACGGCACAGUUCGCGUCAAAUUCGACGACCAGUCGGACGACCACGAGCCAAUUUCGGUGCCGGGGCUGCUCGCUCGCGCGGCUCGCGACUACCCGUACAGGCCGGCGCUCGUUUCUCAACCCGAUGCCGACGGUAACCGUGCAAUCAUCACUUACAGGGUAUACGAAAGUCAAGUCAGAUCUGUGGCGAAGGCGUUUCUGCAUUUGGGUCUCGAGCGACAUCACAGCGUUUGCAUACUCGGGUUCAACGCGCCGCAGUGGUUCAUCGCGGAUCUUGCGGCCAUCUACGCGGGUGGCUUUGCCGCGGGAAUCUACACUACCAAUUCGGCAGAAGCUUGCCAAUACUGCGCUCAAACUAGCAGAGCCAACAUUAUCGUCGUGGAGAACAAUAGCCAACUAAAAAAGAUUCUGAAAAUCAAAGGAAAUCUUCCAAAGUUAAAAGCUAUUGUUCAAUACGAGGGCAUCCCGAAAGCCAAGAACGUUCUAAGCUGGAACGAGCUGUUGGAAAUAGGCCGCAAGCAAUCGGAUAAUCAGCUGAACAAAGUCUUGAAAACGAUCGGUGUCAACGAAUGCUGUACCCUCGUGUAUACGUCGGGAACUACGGGAAACCCGAAAGCCGUGAUGUUGAGCCACGACAAUCUUCUGAGCGACGCAGACGCAACUAAGAUGAUGCUAGGCUUGAGGGAGGCGCAAGAAGUCAUUAUAAGUUUUUUACCAUUGUCUCACAGCGCUGCGCAGUGCGCCGACGUGUUUUUGAGCAUAGCCGUAGCCGCGACGGUGCACAUCGCGGACAAGAACGCUCUGAAAGGAAGCCUGCUGGACACUCUGCUCGCCGUGCGCCCGACGAUCUUCUUCGCCGUGCCCCGCGUCUGGGAGAAAAUUCACGAGAAAAUGCAAGCCGCGUUACAAAACGACGGCCUCGUCAGGAGUUGGAUAAUCGGUUGGGCUCGGGCUCAAGGCUCCAAAACCAAUACGAAUCGCAUGAAAGGCAUCGAACCCAAGUCGACAACCUACAGGCUUGCCAAGUGGUUGGUCUUCGGCAAACUGAAGGCGAGCCUAGGACUGGACAGAUGCCACUCGCACAUCAGCGGAGCGGCACCGCUGAGCAGCGACGUCAAGCAGUACUUCAUGAGCUUCGACAUAGUCAUCAUGGAUUGUUACGGCAUGAGCGAGUGCGCUGGCCCCCACACGAUAACGACCAGUCGAGAAUUUCGAUUAGGUAGCAUCGGCCGUACUUUGCCCGGUUUCGCGACCAAAUUGGACAAUAUGGACGACCGUGGCGAGGGUGAAAUUUGCAUGAACGGGAGACACGUGUUCAUGGGCUACCUGAACAAUCCCGAGAAGACGAACGAGACGAAAGACCAAAAUAGCUGGCUGCACAGCGGAGAUCUCGGGAAGAUGGACGCCGAUGGAUUUUUAUAUAUCACCGGCAGAAUCAAGGAGCUCGUUAUCACUGCCGGCGGUGAAAACAUUCCUCCCGUUCGCAUCGAGGAUCUCGUCAAAGAACAGUGCCCGGCUAUCAGCAAUGCCAUGCUCGUCGGGGAUACCAGAAAGUAUCUCACGAUACUGAUCGCGCUCAAGACGCAAAUGGAUGUCGAGACUGGAGCGCCUUUAGAUGCCUUUUCCGAGAAGACACUUAACUGGGCACAAGCUUUGGGAAGCUCUUCGACAACGGUCACGGAAGUCCUUACUACGCGGGAUCAUGUGAUCGAACGAGAAAUCAGCGAAGCGAUAGACCGAGCGAACGAGAAGGCAAUAAGCAAUGCUCAGCGAGUGCAGAAAUUUCGAAUUCUACCUCACGAUUUUUCCAUACCAACUGGCGAACUUGGCCCGACAUUGAAGCUCAAACGAAACGAAGUUUUACACAAGUAUGCCGAUCUCAUCGACGACAUGUAUAAAGAGUGAUAGUAAUAGUUGUCUUUAUAUCCCGAAUCAUUCGUGACGAAUAUUGUGAGCGUGAGUUAUUUAUAUCAAGCUAUCCUUUAAAAUAAUUCGUGCAAAUUAAGAUAAUUAUAAUUAUUUACGAUAUUCAUUCUAAUCUUUUCAAAUGUUCAUUUUUCUGGUUUAAUAAAUGUAGGUAAUUCUAGACUACACUCGAUAACUACCUUAUAAAUACUGUCAACAUCUCGUUCAGCAACAAAUACACGUGGAGUGUAUUUGUGAAUACAACUAUAAUACGUAGAUGGGUUUUAAUCAGCAUAGCCCGUAAAGGCCUCGGUCAUGACUUGUUCGCAGUCACUACUCGCUAGAUGUCAAACGAGUGACAUUCGUUUUUAAACUUGUACCAUUUCCGUACUUUUUGGCAAUUCACACAGGAACUCGUAAUUUAAGCUCUUCUCGAACAGGCGUUUAUUCAACUUUCAACUUAUUUUCUUCAAAUUUAUUUAGUUUUCGAUUUAUUUAUCAAUUAUUAAUUGUUUCAAGUUAUAUCCAAACGUCCCAUCCUUUCAUUUUUCAAACGAGCUUUUUCAAACGUAGCGACGGAAGCAGCUCGUUUCCGUCGCUAUCAAUAAUAAAACGGUUGGCUACUUCACUAUCAAAUCCGAAGUGGGCGCUUUGUAGUCAUAAUUCAAACGAUCGGAUCUACGUAUACAUACUUGUUUUUGUGCUAGAACAUUUAAGGCUUAUAGAAAUAACAGUUCGUAUAGAGCGUAUAACCUACUCGCACGAGGUUGUAUCUAUCGAGAGGUGUCUGUGGGGGAGGUAACGCUGAGCGAGCGUGUUUUGACGAGCCUACAUUUAUUAUUAUUAUACGUUUAAUUUCUGUUUAUUCGAUUGGUCUGAAAUCGUCAUCACAAGCUGAGGCUAUUGUACAACUGACUUUCAUCCUUUGUAAUCAUUGUACUGUAUUUAUUAUAUAAAUAUAUGACGAUAACCCUGAACUACAAUAGGUAAAUUAUACGGAGAAAACGAUUUUUCUUACACGCAUUAUUGCACGUGAAACAUGAAAUAUAUGCAUGGGGUAUGGCAGCGAAUAUUCUCUUUUAGCCGGACGUUCGUUCCGUUGAAACGACACAUUGUUAGGGGACAGAUUAUGAGUGUAUGAAAGACUUUUUACAGAUACGACUUAAUAUAGUGACCCCAAGUACCGUAAAAAUAGUUUAUUAAUUAUUGUCGGUGAAAAAUUGCUUUUAACUCAAUUGAACAUUGCCA